AUGAACGGACCUCGCCCUUCGAUUCGUGCAUUCUUAUGUGACCUUCCAUCUCUAAAGACCGACACAAAAGUCCGCUUUCUGGGCUGUGUAAGGCAGUAUUUAAUUAGCACAGGCCAUUUGAUCCUGGAGCACAACUACUCGUGGCAGAAAGAAGGCCCUAGGUCUGUAUCGGUCGAUGUCAAUGCCGUGCUGCAGGACCUCUCAUCAGAGGAGCUUCGCGUCGGUGCAUGGGUGAAUGUGAUCGGCUACGUCCGAGGUUCGACAUCACCGGCUCUCUCUUUCUCAUCAUCUCAGCUGAGCUCAUCGCAGCGGGACGAGGAGGAAGAGGCGGCAUCUGCGUCGGCAAGAGUCGCUCCUCGACCGGUACAUGUCGAUGCCGUGAUGGUCUUCUCCGCGGGCGCCAUCGCGCUCGGGGAAUAUGAGCGUAUACUUCGCAAUGCCCAGGAUGUAGAGCGGCGAAUGCGCGUCCUUGGAUGA